UCUCCCAUUGAUAUUCUUUGACAUCAAUUUAAGAAUUUACUUUAGAGAGUGGACUUCUACACUACAGUAUCUCCUUCUAGCUACUUCUCCAUCGAACACACCAUAAGCAGCUUCUCCAUAUUUUCAUAGAUUAAUAUCUGACGUUUAGAUAUGUUAACAUUUUUUGGCUGGCGUUAGACACAUUAUGCUUCAGUAUGGUGCAGACUACCACUGAUACUCUCCACUCACUCAUGUUUUUGAUGGUUUCUUGCAUUAAUUCAAUGAAUAUCAACAAUUUCUUCUUAUCAGCACUGUCCCUCACACCCACUUUCUUCCCUUGUUAGAAAAACAAAGUUAUGUCCAUUUUUUCGUAUCCAUACGCUAAUUCUAGCGAAUAAGACCAGAUGUUUUAGGCAGAUCUUCACUGUGACAUUUUGUAAGCCAACUAAUGACAAGGAUGCUUGUAACAUAAAGCAUGACAAUUAGCCGAAAGACAGCUCUUCUCUUAAAUUGGGGGCACACUCAAGUUGAGGUACUAUUUAUUUAUCAUUUAUUUCUGGCAUGUGAUAAAACUCAGCUAUGCAAACCACUAUGCUAGCAAUGGCCGUAGGGUGCAAUUUGUGUUCCCAUGGACGCUGUUCCCAGGGUUGUGUAGAAGUGUUGAUUCUCAUCUCCAUGAAUCUUGAGAUAUCGAUUUAUGAAGUUAAUUAGUUCUUGAACAUUGUUCGCCAACCGAAAGGUUCAUAUCUUGAAACAGAUUUCCCCAUAAUAAACAAUGUAAACAUGAAUAAUUGGUUCUAGCCUGGACAAAAGUCCUUAUUUUAUAUUAAAAAUGCACACUUUGAAGACACUGUCAUGUGUGUACAUACUGUAUAUGUAUCAAACUAACAUAACAAGCGGGUAAUGGCUCAACAAUCUUAUUAUUUUAUCCAAACACAACAACAGCCAGCUCAUCUGUCAAUGUGUCUGCACACACACAAAAGUCAUUUUGGUCCAUGUUACCAAACAUGUUGCUACAAUAAAAAAAAAAGGAAAAUCCUUAAACGUCUCCUUGAAUAUUUGUGGUAUUUGUUGAACAGUCUGGGAGUGGUAAACAAGCACAGCGUCACCUUCCAGCCACCGCUAGCGUGAGCACAAAUUAGCAGUGUGAGGCGGUCUUCUGUCGCCUUGUCUUUGUCCUUUGCUGUUAUAAAGGUCCCCUGGCGUUUUUUUCCAGGUCCGAUCUUAUCACAGUUAAAAUGUUGUCAAGGUACAAAUCCCCCUGCACCGAUAAAAUCCUUGAAAUGGCAGCUUUGUCUGAGCAGCCUUGCAAUGCUGCACCGACGCUGUGAAUGACGGCUCGUCUUUUUAUAAACUUUACCAAACACCCACGGCUCGCCUUAAAUUGUUCUUGCAUGCUGGGUUCGAGCAUGGUCAGUUUUGGACAUCAAGUCGCCAUAUGGAUGGCGAGCCUUCUUUCAAGUGAUAGCCUCGGAAAUGCUAUCGCAGGUUAGCUGUUUCUCAUUUAUCCAAUCUAAAUACAGCUUUUAGACUAGACUUAGACUUCCUUUUUAUUGUCAUUCAAAUUUGAACUGUACAGUACAGAUAAGAAUGAAAUUUCAUUGCAUUAGCUCAUAGUAGUGCAGGAUAAAAAAGCAAUAAGGUGCAGAUAUAAAUAAAUAGAUUACUGUACAGAUAAAUAUAUUGCACUUUUGCAUAUUCAUCCAGGUUUAUGGAUGUAUGUUAUAUUGUCUUUAUAUUCCAGCGAGUUAAUCCAUUUUUGGGGGGAAUUGAGGGGAUUAUUAUGAUGCGUUCAAGAGUCUUACGGUCUGAGGGAAGAAGCUGUUACAGAACCUGGAGGUUCUGCUUCGGAGGCUUCGGAACCUCUUUCUAGAGUCCAGCAGUGAAAACAGUCCUUGGUGGGGGUGGGAUGAGUCUCUGCAGAUUUUCUGAGCCCUGGUCAGGCAGUGGCUUUUUGCAAUCUCCUGGAUAGGAGGAAGAGGAGUCCUGAUGAUCUUUUCCGCCGUCCUCACCACUCUCUGAAGAGACUUCCAGUCUGAGGCACUGCAGGCUCCAGUCCAGACAGAGAUGCAGUUGGUCAGCAGGCUCUCUAUAGUGCCUCUGUAGAAUGUGGUGAGAAUGGGGGGAGGAAGCUGUGCUAUUUUCAUCCGACGCAAAAAGUGCAUGCGCUGCUGAGCUCUUUUUACAAGAGCUCCGGUGUGUAGGGACCAGGUCAUAUUGUCAGUUAUCUGCACCCCCAGGAACUUGGUGCUGCUUACCAUCUCCACUGCUGUGCCGUUGAUGAAGAGUGGAGCGUGGCUGGACUGGUGCUUCCUGAAGUCAACGAUGAUCUCCUUGGUCUUGUCGACGUUCAGGACCAGGUUGUUGGUUCUGCACCAGUCAACUAGAUGUUUCACCUCCUCCCUGUAGUAGGAGGUGAAACUUUUCCACUUUGUCUUGCGCUUUGUCUCUGACCUUGCGGAGGUAUUUUUUUGCUUUUGCAAAGUCAGCAACCAUAUAAACGUUAAUUUUUGAUAAUGGUUGCAAUUGCGGACUUUGUUCUUCCAUGUGCCUAUGGCGCCACCGCCGCAUUCUACUCCUUGCAAAUAUGUAAACGUCGGGGACCCACCUCUUCAAAACGGCGUGUACAGGUAGCGAUGUCUUCAAAUUGGCAGCCUCCAUAGAGCAUCCAGCGGCACACAAAAUUAAUUAAUAAAUGAAAGAAGCGAUCGUACACCGAGACAUGGGUCGCACAUCGAGACAUAUUUGGCUCGAUGUAAACAUUCCUAUACCGAAAAAAAUACGCAAAUAGAGGCGUCCGUAGACUGAAGUUCCGCUGUACUCUACCACUCACCAAUAAGUGGUGCGGUACAGAUCAGUUAUUUUAAUAGAAUUCACGUUUGUCAAUGGAGAUUUAAAAAAAUUGUGACAGAGCCCCAACCUUUAAAGCCUUUUGUGUUUGGCUGUUGGUCAUGAGAUGUGAACGCUCGGUUGGACAGCGAGCCCAUUGUUUUAGCUGACAUCAUGGCUGGUACAAGGAGGGCAGAGGACAGGAGGAGACAUUAGUGUUGACUGGCAGGCAACAGCACAGCAUCGUCAUGGUAAGAGGAUAUUUUUUAGACUUUGUUGUGACUUCUAUAUGCUGAUUCCCUGUCUGUGUUUGCAGACUUUCGCUAUGCCAGCUGUUUUUCUUUUUGGUGCCUUUGCUUUGGCGUCUUCAGCCACGCAAGUGGGUCUGAGCGCCAAGGUUCUGCUCUUCCCGUAUGAGACGGAUUUCAGCUACGUGACGCUGACUCCGCUCAAGGAGAUGACUCUCAAGGCCUUCACUCUGUGCUUACGUGUGGCCACCGAGCUGCCCGAAGAGCGCCAGAUCAUUCUGUUUGCUUACCGCACGGACGACUAUGACGAGCUCAACGUGUGGCGAGAGAAGGACGGGCGUAUUUCCGUUCACAUGAGCGGCGACGGCACUUUCUUUCACCUCCCACCGCUGGGAACCUUUCGCACUAGCCUGUGCUUGACAUGGGAGUCAGUUGCUGGACUCACUGCUUUUUGGGUCGACGGGAAGCGCAGUACAUACCAGGUUUACAAACCUGGACACAGCAUCAGUCCCAAAGGCACUGUCCUUCUGGGCCAGGACCCUGACAAACACCUAGGGGGCUUGGAGGCCCUGCAGAGCUUCGUGGGGGAGAUGACUGAUGUGAAUAUGUGGGACUUUGUUCUGUCCGGGAGUACCAUUCAGGCUUGGCAUUCUGGCCGCAAGGUCCCUGAAGGCAACAUCUUUAACUGGGCCACUAUUGAGUAUGAGCUGACUGGCAACGUGAAGGUGGUGGAUGACGACUGACUCAGUGUGGCAUCAUGUGGAGGGGUGAUAAACAUCUGUGUUGGACUGCUCCUGAAGUGUGCCUUACUUUUAUAUAUGUAAUCUUACCUUACAGGCCUCAAUGUGCUUGGUUUCUGAUAUACGGUCAUUUUAAAUAUAACAAUUGCAGUCCGGCAAUAGGUGUUUGUUUCACUCUAAGCAACAUGAUGCAUCCAUAAUGAUAAUAGUAAAACAAUUAAUAAUUAUUAGCCAUUUAUUUUAUAUUACAUUUUCCUAUUUUUUUUAUCAUUAUAGUAUUAUUUAAGAUUUUUUGUUUUAAUUUUGUCAUUAUUGGUAAUAUCUUUGAUAAUAGAUAGAUAAACAUUUAAACUUCUUGUCAUUACAUUGUACCUUUUUGCUGUUUCCCCCCCAAUUGUACUCCUUUGUACAAUAAGAGUAUAAUUGAUAGUAUUUUUUAUUUAUUUUUCACAUAUACUAAUUUUUUCAUACUUAAAAUAAUAACAACACUCAACAAUAGGGAUAAUUAUAUUUAUUUCAUUUAUUGCAUUAUCCAUGUAUCCACCGGGUGGCACUCCCGCUCAUGUCAAACUGAGUUGUGUAUUAUUAUUUACACUCUAUUUAAAUGUGAAAUUUGAUUCAACACACUAAAUAAACAGAACCAAAUAAGAAUCAAGUACUGACAACAUUUUUUAAGAAUUGUUUUAUAUAUAUAUUAAAAGUUACACUACCGUUCAAAAGUUUGGGGUCAC